AAGGACCACACAGCCAUGGGUCACACAGACAUGGGCCACACAGACAAGGACAACACAGCGAUGGCCACAUUGUCAUGGGCCACACAGUUACGAGUCACAGAACCAUGGGCCACACUGUCAUGGGUCACACAGGCAAGGGCCACACAGCCAUGGGUCACACAGACAUGGGCCACACAGCCAUGGCCACAUUGCCAUGGGCCACAUAGUCACGGGUCACACAACUACAAGCCACACAGCCAUGGGCCACAGAACCACGUCCUACACUGCCACGGGCCACAACCACAGGCCACACAAGGACCACAGCCAUGGGCUACAAGCACAGGCCACACAAGGACCACAGCCAUGGACCACACAACCAAAGGCCACACAGUCAUGGGCCACACAGCCAUAGGCCACAAGCACAGGCCACACAUCAGCGGGGCAUACAGAUAUGGGCCACACAGGCAUGGACAACAAUCCCAGGCCACACAGUCGUGGGCCACACAGCCACGGACCACAUAUCAACGGACCACAACCCCAGGCCACACAGUCACGGAACACACAUCAACGGGCCACAACCCCAGGCCACACAACCAUGUAACACACAUCAACGGGCCACAACCACAGGCCACGGAAGACACAUCAACGGGCCACAACCACAUGCUACAAAACCAAAGGCUACACAACAACGGGCCACAACUAUAGGCCACACAGCCAUGGACCAUACAUCAACGGGCCACAACCAAAGGCCACACAAUCAAGAACCACACAUCAACAGGCCACGCAGCCACGGACCACACAUCAAGCCACAGCCACGGACCAGACAACCAUGGCCAACAGCCACAGGCCACACAAUCAAGGACCACACAUUAAUGGGCCACACAGCCGUGGGCCACACUGUCAGCUCUCUAGUAUAGUUCCCUCAGCUUGUAACAGGUGGCCGCCACUGCCUUGUGUCGAUGUUCUUGUAAUAAAUGUUUGUCUCUUA